CACUAGCAUGAGUCGGAUUAUCCAAACAAACACGAGCAGCUAGCAGUUAUCCAACACCACUCAUCAAUGGCUGCUCUCAACUUCUGCUGUUGUUCCAAUCUCUCCCCUCUUCCAAACCUCACCACAUCUCUCUCUCACCGCCAAAAUUCCCACUCCCUCACCGCUUCCUCUCCCCUUGCCAGCUGCAGUCCGCCGCAGGUCACUCAAUUUCGGAGCAAUCUGUCUUCCAUAUGUGAUUCAUUCUCUAAAGCAAGUGUCCUUGCACUAGUUUCCGCUUCACUUGUUUUUGCUUCCAACCCUGCCCUCGCAUUUAAGGGGGGAGGUCCUUAUGGUGUUGAAGUAACAAGGGGGCAGGAUCUAACUGGGAAAGAUUUUAGUGGAAAGACAUUGAUCAAGCAAGAUUUUAAGACGUCAAUACUAAGGCAAGCAAACUUUAAAGGUGCUAAAUUACUGGGUGCCAGCUUCUUUGAUGCUGAUUUAACAGGAGCCGAUCUUUCUGAUGCUGAUCUUCGAGGAGCAGAUUUCUCCUUGGCUAAUGUAACAAAGGUAAAUUUGAGCAAUGCCAACCUCGAAGGAGCACUUACUACGGGCAAUACAUCUUUCAAGGGUUCCAUAAUAACUGGUGCAGACUUUACGGAUGUGCCAUUGAGAGAUGACCAACGGGAGUUACUAUGCAAAGUUGCGGACGGGACGAACCCGGUAACAGGUAACGAAACCAGAGAGACAUUGCUUUGCAAGUAGCACGGGCAACAAAAUUGUUUUGUGAUUAACUUUAGAAACCUCAUCUCCUUAUCCAACAGCAUUUGUUUAUGAAUGAAUAGCUCAUAAAAUAGCCUUGUGAAGGUAUGUAUGGAGAAUAUGAGUUUGCUAUCUCAAGUUUUUAUUGCCUUGUGAGACUCAGCCAGCCAGCCCGCUUUGGCUCUUAUGAAAAAACAAUGUUCAUUAAA